AGCGAUUUACCAAAUCCCUAUUCCUCACCGGCGUCGGUCCCUGGCCUCUGCCGCCGGCAACCCCAAUGGCUAAGAAAAAAAAACCCCCAAUCCUUGGCUCUCCUAUCGGCUCGAGAGAGCGCUCCCAAUCCCGCCUCCCCCCGAAGCCGCUGCCCUCAUCCUCGGCGGCCCCCCAUCCGGAUCUACAGACCGAGUCUCAGAACUCAAGAAACUCUGACAGAAAUUCUAAUCAGGCCACUCCCCAGUGCCCGAAUGUUUUGGUUUCUACACCUCAGGUUCACUCGCCUGCAGUUUCGGGCUCUAGCAACACUGUCGUGCUGGACUCCGCCGAGAUGCCCCCUGCUGACCCAAGGCAAAACCCUGAAGGAUCUGCAAGCUCAAGCAAACCAACUUGGGCUGAAGUGAGCCAAAAAGUCCCCCCCCCCAAGUCGGAGGUGGCUAAGAGAAAGAAUUACAAGGCAACCCGCAGGCCCUCGGAAGAGGAUGCGCCCCUCCCACAAAUCUUAAGGGUUGAGUCAAAGAAUGAAGGAACUAUAGGAAGGCAGAAGGUCAGUGAGGAAGGCUGUGCCUGGAGAGCAAAAUCCUCAUCUCGGAAGUCGAUGCCUUCCUCGAGCUCUAGUCAGAAGACAGAGGCUUCUUCUAGUGCCAACGAGGACUCCAACGAGGAUACUAGCAGGGGGGAGUCUAGCUACUAUUCGGAGGAGGAUGAUAACCCAGAGGAGUUCGUGGUGACAUUUGUGUACGCUGUGAACUGCAGAUAUGGCAGAAGAGAACUAUGGCUAGAACUUACUCAGCUUGCUGCUGACCCUUGCAUCUCGGCGUACCCUUGGACUGUGCUUGGGGACUUCAACCAAUCACUAAAUCCGGAAGAUGACUCUCUCUGUCAGACAUUUCUUCCUGCUGCGUCGAUUUCUUCCUUAAUCUUCUUGGAAGGUCAUCCAGUCCUC